ACGUGAUCUGUGUUUACAGUGUAAAAAGAAACAUGUUACAGAAAAUAACACCAAAUAUCACAAUGUAGUGUUCUAUAUAACUCGUCAUACCGAGAGGAAUUUUACCACACAGUGUAAACUACGACAGUGUUCUCAAUGUCAGGGGGACACUGAGUUCUACUGUAACACAUGUAAACGUGAUCUGUGUUUACAGUGUAAAGAGAAGCAUGUCAUUGAUCUAGAUACCAUAUAUCAUGAUGUUUUGAGUUACCGUGAGAAGUUUAAUCGUUUCCCUUUACGAGAGACCUAUGUCAGACAUCCAAACAGAAAAUACAGAAUGUUUUGUGAUCAGUGUAACUUUUCCGUGUGUAAGCGCUGUACAAACCAUAGAACACACGCGCUGGUGGAUCUUAGAACAGUCUAUCAAACAAAGCGACAACAACACAGAGAAAUCAUUGACAACAUCAGAAGUGAGACUCUCUAUAACUGUCGUGUUCUCCUGGCAGGACUCCAAACUGAUAUCCAAACUUGUCCCCCACAAAUCUGUCACCGUCAAUCACAGAUGUCAACAAAAGCCCAGAGACUGAAGGAUCUGAUUGACACUGUGGUAUGUGAUGUUAAAACAAGAUACCGAGGUUUAUUGAUUGAUAGAAUACAACAACAGAAGAGAAAAAUGAACAGACAACUUGUUCACCUACAGAACUAUGAAGACAGAUAUGAACAAUCAGCAAACAGAGCGGUACAAUUCCUCUUGUUUAUAAAGACCAGUCGUGUCCCCCAGAUAAAGAACAGUCCUAGUCAGUUAUUGAGUGUCAUCACAGAAAUCCAAAUGACAACAGGAAAACGACAAGUAGGAAUAGACGAGUGUGUGAAACUGAUGUCCACACCUGUAUUACACACGUCUGUCUGUGUGACAGGUGUUAGACGUGUGUUACACAUAUCUCGUGUGAUGUCAGACCGGGUCUGGGUCUCUCAUUACAAUCUCAUCUUGACAGACACAACAGGAGACACUAUACACCGUGUGACAGAUAUAGGAUGGUAUACAGGAGUACACACAGUGAACAGUUCUGGUGAACUGAUUUAUAUAGACAGUGAUUAUAACAUCAACAAACUGUGUACAGACAAUAAAACAGUCACCAGACUGAUACAGAGAACAUCACCAUGGUAUCCACGGUGUGUGUACUGCUCCCCGUCCACUGGAGAUCUGAUGGUGGCGAUGUGUAACACUGAUACAGAGACAGCCAAGGUAACCCGGUACAACAGUAGUGGUCAACACAUCCUGACCAUUGAACACGACAACACAGGUCACACGCUGUAUAGUGGUCCUCUCUUUAUCACAGAGAAUAAUAACGGUGAUAUCAUUGUGUCUGACUGGAUUAAUUCUAAAUGUGGUGUUGUAGUGGUGACAGAGCGCGGGGGGAGACAUCGAUUCUCCUACACAGAACCUCCAUCAGGAUCAUCACUAACACCACUAGGAAUCUGUACAGACGCGCUGUCACACAUCCUGGUGUGUGAUGUUUACACUGACACAGUACAGAUGAUUGACAAGGACGGUCACUUCCUGUCUCUGUUACUGACACGACAACACGGGGUAAACAGACCACACAGCCUGAACUAUGAUGAUAAAACUCACCUUCUCUGGGUCGGAUCAGGGGACACCAACACAGUGUCUGUAUAUAGAUAUCUACAGAGGAGGUACUCUCUGACUGACUAUCCAGACAGUGAGGAAUACGACACCAGGGGAGAAUCUGACUCUGAUGACGAGGACGUCAGGGGAGAAUCUGACUCUGAUGACGAGGACGCCAGGGGAGAAGCUGAUCCUAAAACAUGUUGCCAGCGGUGUAUCUUGGUGUAGAUAUGACAUACAAUUACCAUUAACAUUCCUUCAGCAAAUAACACUGAUCUACAUUUCUUAAUCUGGUGAUGGUGGACACUGAUUACAUUUUCUCAUCUAGUGAUGGUGGACACUGAUUACAUUUCCUCAUCUAGUGAUGGUGAACAUUGAUGACAUUUCCUCAU